AUGUUUCGAAAUCUCGCCAACCAAAUUGCAAACGGUGGAAAAGACGCAGACGCCAAGAAGACUAUGUCACCUACACUUCGUAGCGACUUGUACGACGCAAUGGACAAGACCAAGUCAUGGCUGUCGGGCGGGCUGGGUGGCGGACAAGCAGGCGACGGCGUUUCAUACGGACCCAUUUUAACACUCAUACAAAAGCAUUUUCCCAAUCUCAAGCUUGGAUUAGAACUUAUCGGUCACGCUGAACACGAGGUUUCUGCCAUUGUGGGAGGGGUUACGGAUAUGGCUUUGGAGCUCAGCAAAUGGGAGCCGAUGGCUGGCGGGAUGGCCGUUCGGACGUGGGCUGAUGCACUGGUUGAGGGGCACAAAAGGGCUACUGCGGGAACGAGGAAGGACAUAAUUGCCAAAGGCAUCACUAGGGGCCUCAAUUACAACACGAAUGUGGCUCUCAUGACCCCAGAGUUCACGGCAAAGAUCCAAAUUAUCUCCUGUUUGAAGUCCGUUAGUUCGAAACUUUAUGGCGCAGGGAGUGAUGAAGCCAGACAGUCGGAGGCCAUUUGGAGCUCGAAGUUUAUGUGA